AUGAAAUCAAUCAUUUUCCUCAUUGCCACUCUUCUCCUUGCUUGUUUCGUAUACAGAGCCGAAAGUGCCUUGAGAGCAACCUACUGGUACCAAGGAACUACAUGCUCUGGAACCUCCUUCCUCAUGACCAUUCGUGAUAACGCAGCUGGUUGCAAUGUAACUUCCUGCACUCCGUACAGCAAUGAGCCAACUGUACUUUCCCAAAGUUUCGAAUGUCCAACUUCCUAUCCACAAAAUCCAACCUUGAAGAGUGGAGAAAUUUCCAUCUAUGCCUAUUCUAACACAACCACAUGUGAUUCAACCACUCUCAAUAGAUAUGACGUUUACAAAACUAAUGUCUGUAUUAAAUCUGGAAUUCUCUUUGGACCUAGUGCUAAAUCUGGACAAUAUGUCAAUUGUGAAAAGGUUGUUACUUAUUCUGAUGAGAAUUGUCAAACUGUUUCCACCUCUGCACCAAUUACUUUGAAUAGUUGUGCUUCUGGAAAAAUUAACAAAUGUCUCUUGUCAAGUAAUAGCACAACUAAUGCUGGAAAUUCAAUGAGACAUUCUCAAUCAAUUGUUUCAUUGGUUGUUUUGAUGAUUGUUGGAUUAAUUGCAGUUGCUUCCUUGUUUUAA